CGCUGCCGUCUGACUGCGGACCCGGGCCGCGAGCGAGUGCCAUGAGCGCGCGCCCGGGCCUGUGACCGGCUCGGUGAUGGACUACGGCUCGGUCUCGGAAGAGAGGCCGAAGCGCCCGCCGGGCCGUCGUCGGCUCCUGUUCUUCUUGCCCGCGGGCUGCUGCGGAAGUCCCGGCAGCCGCGGAGCUGCGGUGCGUCGCGGCCUCUCCCUGCUGCCCGGCGGGCUGGGGGCGCUGCGGACCCGCGCCCGGGCGGCCGGUGGCGGCGCGUCACGUGCCUCCCCGCUGCUCCUCCUCCUGCUUGUGCCCUCCCCACGGCUGGCCGCCGCUGCCCCGCGCCGGCCGCUGACCGACUGGGAGCGCUCGCGGCCCGGGCUGGCCGUCCCCGCGGCCGGACGCUGCGGCGCGUGGAGGAGCGCGUCAGGCUUCGCGGGCGCGGCAGGCACCCUUCACCUGGGCCGGGGCCCCGCGGCUGCCCUCGCUUCCUGCAGGAGAGAGCUAAGCCUGUCUGCUGUGUGCCUCCAGCUGGAGCACAGAUGGAGAAAUUUCAACUCUGCUGGGAAUCGGAAGCUCUACUUUGACACCCAUGCCUUAGUGUGCCUCCUGGAAGGAAAUGGGUUUACAACACAACAAGCAGAAACCAUUGUAUCUGCCCUGGUCAACAUCAUGGAUGCCAACAUGGACACCAUCUGCAAGGACAUGGUCACCAAAGUGCAGCAGGAAAUCACUCUUCAGCAAAUUAUGUCUAAGAUUGCUAACGUGAAGAAGGAUAUGAUUAUUUUGGAGAAGAGUGAAUUUUCCAUCCUCAGAGCAGAAAAUGAGAAAAUAAAACUUGAACUAGACCAGUUAAAGCAGCAAGUAAUGGAUGAAGUGUUCAAAGCCCGAACAGAUACCAAAUUAGACUUCAAUCUAGAAAAGAGCAGAGUAAAAGAAUUGUAUUCAUUGAAUGAAAAGAAGCUGCUGGGAUUGAAGACAGAAAUAGUGGAAUUGCACGCCCAGCAAGACCGGGCCCUGACCCAGACAGACAGGAAGAUAGAAACUGAGGUUGCUGGCCUCAAAACCAUGCUUGAGGUGCACAAGCUUGAUACUAUCAAAUACUUAGCAGGGUCUGUAUUCACAUGCCUGACGGUAGCAUUGGGAUUUUAUCGCCUGUGGAUGUAAUAAAGUCUAUUUAAGGAGAUUGCCAUUGUUUUGCCUUAAAGAAUACCAGAUUUUUGUCCUUGUUUUCUUGUUUCAAAUUUUGUUCCUGAUUUUGACUUAAUGCAUAUUUUUAUUUUUAUGUGAAUUGUGGGUAUACAACCAAGGUAAAGAUUCCACAGUCCUUCAUCACAUCUUCUCUGUUUAGUUGUGUUUAGGACUGAGUGGUGUGGACCAUGAGUUGGAGUCUACUCAGCUAAACUGAUGAACUUGUCUAACCUGUGGUGCAUACCAAAGUAAAUAUCUGUAUAAGUUUCUUCAAUUUUAAAUAUUUUGUCACAUAGAGAAUUUGGGAUUUCCAUGUACCAGGCACAGAGACUUUACGUGCUGAAGAAUUAGUGAAUUCAACCCAGAGCACCAACUCCUCCUUCCCUACUGACGUCUGCUACUUCCUGUGCCUGUGUUGCUACUGUUGUAGUUGGUUGGUGUGUCAAUAAUGUACUAAUACACCUAAAGGAGGCUUUUUUCUCUUGAUUUCCACUGUCUUAGCAAGUUAAGGUUAUUUUUAAUGUGCCUUCCAGCUAGAAAAUCUUGUUGCCUGAUGAAGCAUUGUAAUUGUAACAGGGACUUUUUCACCUCUCUUUUUGUUGUUUUGUUUUUUCAGAUAAGGUCUCUUUCUGGAUAGCCCAGACUGGCCUCAAACUCAUGAUCCUCCUGCCUCAGCCUCUUUGAGUUCACAGAUAAUAAGUAUGCUCCACCAUGCCCAGCUUCCUUUAUUUCUUAGAAAGCUAGAUUUCCCUUUCUCCUUCCUUUACCCUUAUAAUUUGAGAGCACUAUUUGUGGCAUUAUCUAAUUCUCAGCAUAGAACUCUGCUUCAGUUUGUGGUUCGGUCUAUUCCUUCUGGUCUUCAUCUGCUUUUAUAUGUGGGGUGAGGGCACUCAGCUUUCCUCCCGUGAGGUAAGGUAUCUAGAUAGCAUGCACACUUUGCAGUGAAACUCAUGAUGCUAUUGAAUGCAACUUUGCCUAUGACCUGCUUAUAUUGAAGCUCCCCAAAUGAGAGAACUAUCAUCCCCUGGCCUCAGCCUAAUCUCAAUUGCUUCUUCCUGUUGCUAAAGACUUCCUCACACCUACCCUAAAUCCUAGACACAGCUAGGGUUAUUUUGGAGAAGCAGAUUCUUUUCUGAUUGAAAUCUCUGACUGGUGGGUGAGAGUCAGCGUUUUGGAAGGAGUGGCGCUGCCAGGACCUUCCCCACCUGCAUGGAGCCCACAGUCUGGGGCAGUGGAGGAACCACAUGAGGAUUCCUGAUCAGAGUGGUAGAAUAAGUUACCCAUUGUCACUGUUCCAGCCACAUGGGUAAAAAUGUUACCUUUUGUCCUUUGGAUGUAAUUUCCAAGUUUUAAAAAGUGCUAAGUCAUUGCCUUUUUAGAAAACAUUACUGUAAACUGAAGAUUCUGAGCACUAUAUAAUAGGAAAGUCAAGUAUUUUUGUAUUAGUGAUAACAGUUUCAAAUUGAAAAAUAAUUUUUUGUGGAGGUACUGGGGUUUGAAUUUAGGGACUCAGGCUUACUAGGUAGGUGUUCUACCACUUGAGUCACUCUGCCAGCCCCCAGAUUGUAAUAUAAUUUAAUCCUUUGUAGGUAAAUCAAAAAUUGUCUUAACCACUUAAUAUUUUAUCAAUAUAUUCUUCCCCUUUCAAGGAGAGGGUCCCAGAAAAGAAUGCCCAUUCACAGUUGCCUUACUAAUGGAAUGCCUGUGAGAAUGACAUCCCAGUGAGGCAUGGGGUCACAACAGCUUUUGUUAGAGCUUGGAGCAAGAGCCUGAAGCUCAGGCACUCUUACCAUACGUCACACCUCCAAAAUGAAAACCCAUAUGCAAUUAUGGUUUCAAAGUAAGCACUGACCUUGCAUAGGUUUGAAACAGAAAAGUAGCCUUACAUCCUGCUCACAAAUACCUUUUUUUUUUUGCAGUACUGGAAUUUGAACUCAGGACCUACACCUUGAGCCACUCCACCAGCCCUUUUUUCUGAUGGGCUUUUUUCAA